AGGGAGGAGGAAAGAGGAGGGAGGGAGCACCGAUCGUGAGCGGAGCAAAACACACAAGGAAGGUAGAAACAUUGGAGAACGCAGCAAACAGGAGAGCCGCCGUCGUUUCUCUCUGCGCGAGCGGCACACAGCAUCUCUAUGGAGGCAGAGGCGCGUGCGUGAGGGCUGGAGGGAGGGAGGGGGCGGCGGAAUGCUCCUUUCUUUUUUCUAAACGUCGCGUCUGACAGGAGAGCUGACCUGACAAGCGGAAGGAUUUCUGCACAACAUCCAAGGUGAUGUCAGUGAGCUCCCAAAGAGUCGUUCCAGGAAGUUCAUGCUGAUUGGUGGCAGAGGAGCGCUGAAGGCCCGCAGGACUAAACCAAGCUGCUUGUUUGCUCUUUAGUAACACCACCAGAUGCUAAAGGUUACACACACACUCCAGGCAUUAAACAGUAAAACACACGCAGCCAAGCAGCGCGUCGCCUCAGUGGAUUCCACACGCCCCCCCCCCAAUCCUUGAGAGCCUUUGUGACAUUAAGACAGAUCAUGAAAUGUGUUAACUUGGGCUUUCCCUUCACACACGCGCACACACAAAGGUAACUCUUGACUAAUGUCUGUUUUCUUCUCACGUCGUUAAAAACGAGGAACAAGUUACCGCUCCUUUUCCAUUUUGAACCUUUAAAUACUUUCGUGUUGUUGUUCACGAUAUCAAUUGCUCCUUACGUCACAAGCACACACCGUCUCAUCUUCGACAGCUUUUAGACUAAAAGAAAUACCUGUGGCUGGCAUUCUAGUAGAACAUCCUGGAUAUGUUGGUAGAACUUCCAAGUACAGCAUUCAAGUAGAACAUCCCAUUAUGACAUGCAUCCCAGUAGAACUUCCAAUUGGAACGUCUACAGUCUCCUCAUAAAAUGCUGUAGAGGAAAUUUCCAGUCCUGCAUCCCAGUAGAACAUCUCAGUGGAACCUCUCCCAGUAGAAUGUCCAAGCACAGACUCCCAAUAGAACAUCCUGGUAGAACCUCCCUUUACGACACAAGCAUCCCAACUGAAAAUCCCAGUAUUUCUUUCCAGUAUUGCAUCCAGAUAAAACAUUGUAGAAGAACAUCCAAGUUCUAUAUUUUGGUACAACGUCCCUAUAGAAUGUUUCAACAGAACAUCCCAGUAGAACAAUUCUCAAUAGUGCAGCAUCCCAGUAGAACUUCCAAGUGGAACACCUACAGUCUUCCAAUAAAACUCUGAGGAAGAAAUUUCCAGUUCUGCAACCGCGUGGAUCCUUUCCCAGUAGAAUGUCGAAGCACAGGCUCCCAAUAGAACAUCCUGGUAGAACUUCCCAGUACGACUGAGCAUCCCACCUGAAAAUCCCAGUAGCACUCCCUAAUACAGAAUCCCAUUAGAACUUCCCAGUCCUCAUAUAACAUUGUAGAAGAACAUCCCAGUUCAAUAUUUUGUGAGAACUUUCCAUGGAUGGUGAUUUUGUCAUGCUCCUGCUGUGUUCUUGCUCCAACUGUGUGUGUAUCCAGGCAAAGUGAUUCGGGCGUGUCCCUCUGUUCUUGAUGGGCCCGUCUUUCCGGUCCACGUGAUCCAGCCCGAGACUCCAGUGAGCCGAGCCUCUUUGCUCCACUUCCCGAGGACGGGCGGCAAGGGCUGCGCUGCGAUUGGUGAAAGUGCGGGCAAGAGUGCGAUGCAGAUUGGAGGAUGUCGGGCGACUGGGAUGAAGACUUGUGCAAGAAGGCGCUGAUGUUGGUGGAAGAGCUCUGCUUCAACUCGCCGCGUGGACACAGCCAGAGCGAAUUGUGCCAGGAGUUCAGCUACCUGCUGAGAGGACGCAACAGACAGCUGGAUGCAGAGAUCUCCGUCAGUCUGCUGUCCGUCAUCGUCACCUUCUGCGGCAUCGUCCUCCUCUCAGUGUCUCUCUUCGUCUCCUGGAAGCUGUGCUGGUUGCCAUGGCGAGACAAGGAAGGCGGCGGCCUCAGCUUGACCUCAGGCUUGCUCCCCGGGAGCGCCGGCGUGGGGGGUUUGGGCGGUGCCGGAGGUCCAUCCUUCUUACCCCCAUUGUUGCAGAGGAAGGAGGGCCACUCGUCCUCCUCGCUAUACCCCUCCCUCGGCCAGCAGGGGCAGCAUCACCCCCACUUCUCUGAUCUGGUGGGGCUGGAGAGGGGGGAGGUCGGGGGCGUGGUUGGGGGCCCGCACGAGACUCAAGAGCACUCGUACCUGGACAUGGACUCUUACCCCAACAAUGCUGGAACCCUGAAGCUGAGCCAGACAUCUCCAGACGUCCCCAACUCGGAGGGGGGCGCGCACCCCCAUAAAGACCUGCCCAACGCCCUGUCUCAGCAGCAGGUCACCUCCAGGCCCAAGCCCAUGACUCAUCAGCUCUCCAGCCCCGACUUCCACGGCGAGGAAAAGGAGCAGGUGACCAGCAUCGGGCAGAUCAAACCGGAGCUGUACCGGCCCAAAGGCGACCAGGGCGAGGGCAAGCAGGGCAGCGACUGCGGCAAGAUCAGCUUCCUGCUACGCUAUGCCUUCAACACGGAGCAGUUGGUGGUGAAGAUUCUUAAAGCGUUGGAUCUGCCUGCCAAGGAUGCCAACGGCUUCUCCGACCCUUACGUGAAGAUCUACCUGCUGCCCGACAGGAAGAAGAAAUUCCAGACCAAGGUCCACAGAAAGACCUUGAACCCGGUCUUCAACGAGACGUUCCAGUUCGGCGUGCCGCUGAACGAGCUACAUUCCAGGAAGCUGCACUUCUCCGUAUACGACUUUGACCGCUUCUCCAGACACGACCUGAUUGGGCAGGUGGUGGUGGACAACCUGCUGGACUUCAGCGAGGGCAGCGGGGACAAGCCUGUCUGGAGGGACAUUGUGGAGGGCACGGCGGAGAAGGCCGACCUCGGGGAGCUCAACUUCUCUUUGUGUUACCUGCCAACCGCCGGAAGACUCACGGCCACCGUCAUCAAGGCCACCAACCUGAAAGCCAUGGACCUGACUGGGUUCUCAGACCCAUACGUGAAGGCCUCCCUGGUCUGUGACGGCCGCCGGCUGAAGAAGAGGAAGACGUCCAUCAAGAAGAACACGCUGAAUCCCACCUACAACGAGGCACUGGUCUUUGACAUUCCCAACGAGAACAUAGAGAGCGUGUCCAUCGUCAUCGCCGUCAUGGACUAUGACUGCAUCGGUCAUAACGAGGUGAUAGGCAUGUGUCGCGUGGGCAGCGAUGCUGACGGCCCGGGGAGGGAGCACUGGGCUGCCAUGUUGGCCAAUCCACGCAAGCCAAUAGAGCACUGGCAUCAGCUGGUGGAGGAAAAAGCAAUCGGUACGUUUGUGUCAAAGGGCGACGCGUCACCGUCCUCCAAGCCGCACAUCGUGGUGGACAGUCCUCACUCCGAUUAAAGCUGUCGUGUCUCCGCCUGCGGACUUUUCUUUCUCUCCUCUCAUCUGUGAAUAAAUCUUUCCAUCAAAGAGAGACUUGCAGACAUUCGGGACAAAACAACAUCUUUGUCGCAUUUCAAGCGGUAGCUGCUCCAAACACUCACUUUGCUGUGCGUGCGUAGUCGACGUGUAGUAUUUGAUCUAGGAGGAGUGUGACAUAAGACGCUGUCCAACAACAACAACAAAAAGAAAGCCAUCGUCCAGCGGUCACCUGACACGGGGACCAAAGCUUCACGCUCUUGUACAGACUGUCAAAGAAGAAGAUGUGCAUAUUUUUCUUUAGUGUACAGUCUAAGCCGUACUGUAUCACAAACACGUAGUACUUAGCGGGACGACUUGCCCGUGGUGGACUGUGGACGCCGUCCCCCCAGGGCUUAUUCACCCGCCGCUGUCCUCCAGAGUGAAGGACCUGCGUGUGGUGGUCUUCAUUGAUGUCAGAGGAGCCGCAAAGUGAGGACAGACUUACUCGGCCUGAGCAUGUUACCUUCAAAUGUGUCCGUCUUCCUCACGCUUCCUGUGCCCGUCUCGCCCGUCCUCUUCUUUUGCUCCUUCGCUCGCCAGCGGGACACAACCGGGAUGAGAGACACAAAACUGUUGGACUCUUCCCAAUCACACAAGGACACAUGGUGACAUGCCGUUUAAUUUCCCCCAUCAUGCUUUGGAUUGUCCUCAAGUCCGCUGAAGCAGGACGCACACGUCUGUGUUGCUUCGAUCAGUGUGUUGUUUGCGUGUUUUUGUAUUUGUGUGUGUGUGUGUGUGUGUGUGUGUGUGUGUCUUGGUGACCUUGUGUGUUUCUGUGCUCAUCACCCCACCUUCCCUCCCCUGUCGCUUACUCUCCCAAACCUUCCACAAGUCUCUGAGUUUCACGAGGAGCCACGUUGUUGUGUGACUGUUCCGUGUUGUUGUGUGUCUCUUUGCACCAGUUGGGAGAACGUGGACGUUUACGCAGGCUGCAACAUGUCCUUGACGGGUUUUUAUUAGGGAAGUUGCAAUGAGGGUUUUAUGCUGCCGAUUUCGAUACCGAUCAUCCAUGUGUGAAAUAGAGCAACUAUACCUUUUUCAAUUUAUUUAUGACGAGUGCUAUUGGCCAGGGGUGCCAUAUAAGACAAUUCCAAGGUCCUCUGACUGCCAUGGGGCCCAAAAAAGAAGUUAUUACUAAUAAAAAAAUUCGUAUUAAUAAAAAAGGAGGGGGGCGGGCAAAUGUGAUUUUUUUUUUUUUCAUGGGGACCAGAAUUCCUGGCUGCAGCCCUGCUAUAGGCUAAAUAAUAUGAAAACAGGAACCAUAAAAUCACCUUCAGUUAGACAGCACAUAUUUGACUUACUUUUGCAAGAGAACAUACAGCCUAUCACUGAUGAAACUUCCAGAGGAUGAGACGCCUUCUUUAAGGAGACGAUACAUGCGACAGUACAUUGGUGAAGUUCUAUGACGACUUCCGGGGAGCACGAAGCGAGAGAGCAGUCGGUGACCCGGUGUCUUCCACCGCUGACAAAGGCUGGUCAUCUCGUCCCAUGAAUUCAUUUUUUUUCGGGGGCGGGGGGUUAUUUGCUUAGCCUUCUGACACACAUACAGGCGAGUGUUGUCCAGCGUUGCUGCCGUUUCACUGAUGAUUACACCAAGAGCCUCCAAAGCUCACCAUACUUUGUCAAGUGUUUGUUCUUCAAAUGCCCGUAUUAACUGAAAGCUUUUUAACGUGCUACCCCCGCCAGAUAUUUUUCAUGGCAUGUGUUGGCAGGUAAGUUCCACACGGAAGAUGUGUGUUUUUGUUUUGGCACACCUUCACAGUGUGAAGGAAAGUGGGAGGAGGGCGUUACCCAAGACGUUAUGGCAAGACACUACACUGCAUGCAUGGAUCGCUGCGGGCUGCAAUAAUACAAGCCACAGGUGAUUGGCUUUUGUAAUCGCCGUUGAAAGGCAUCUAUUGACAUGUGGCGAUCACAUCCUUUUUCAGGGAAAUCGGACGAUACUGAUUGGUGGACGAUCGAUUGGAGUAUCAUUAUUUUUUAUCACGCUUUUAUUCUGAAACAUGUGGGCAACACUUUCAAAUUGUUUUGAAAAGGCUGCAAAAACAUAAUGGGGAGCCCAGCAAGUUUAGUUUGCAUCAACUUUGUGUCUUGGGGGACAACUUAGCAAGCUGAGAGUGUCCAUCUGUCCCUUAGGGACCCACUCAGAGGGUUAAAGAUGGAGACUGAACGUUUUUCAUCAUUCUUCCUUCCCACUGACCUGUGGCGGUUCUGGCUGAUGACUGCCUGGCCGAACCGCCACUGACACAGCUUGGGGACAUGCCUGCAUAUGCAAAAGUAUUUGGACAAAUUUCUUAAUAGGGAUGCACGAUACCCCCCCCCCAAGCCAAUAACUUUCUGCUUCUCAAGACCAAUACCGAUUACUGUCUUAUAACUGACAAAAGCCAGUAUCUUCAGCGAUGGUAAAGGGCUGGUCGUCCACUGCCAUCAUUUCCAUGACAAAAUCACAGAUGGCUUUAGCCCUCGGGUCGUCUCUGGCAAACGUUUUUGCAUUUUUCAAACACUGCAGACCCCGGACGGCGUAGCCAUGCUGGCGUUUCAGGUGGCUGAUAAGGUUUGACGUUUGAGCUCCAUGUGUUUUUUUCCCUCCUCAUCGCGGAGCAUUUGGUGCCACUAGUAUGCCAAAUGUCUUCCUCUGAAACCUUGACUGUCUGUUUACAAGUGAGCUCAGGGGAGGGCAUGACAGGCGUCAACAUCACGGGCAGGAGACAAAAGGAGCGCUUGAUUUGCUCACCAGCACGGUACAUGUAAACUUGCCUCGUUGUUGUUUUUUUAAUUAGCAUAAUUAGCAAGGCUAUUUUUAAUGUUAUUAGAUUUAUUGGUAUGUCAUAAUUCUUCAUAUCGGCCUGAUAAUUAUUGUGCUCCCCUAAUUUUUAAUCAGUGAGAGCUUGGAUGAGAGUGCUUGGUCGUCCUUGAAUCUUCAUUCUUUAUCCUAACAAGACAUUUUGGACCAACUGUAUGCUUCCAACUUUGUUGGGGAUCUUAGCUGUUCCCAGUGCACCAAGCAAGCUCCAUAGAGGCAUGCUUGGAGGAGUUUGGUGCGGAACAAACCCAAUAAAGACUCUUAUUACCUUGGGAGAUUGAACUGACAGAUUUGUAAUUGGGCAUGGCUCAGCAUCAGGAUGCCUCCCCCGCGUCACCCUAGGAGGGUGUUCAGGUCCAACGGGUAGGAGGCCUCAGGGAAGACCCAGGACACGUUAGAGACACUGUCUCUCAUCUGGCCUGGGAACGCCUCGAGAUCUGCCGGGAGGAGCUGGACAAAGUAGCCAGGGAGAGGAAAGUCUGGGCUUCCUUGCUUAGGCUGCUGUCCUCGCGACCCGAUCUCAGAUAAGCAGAAGAAGAUGGAUGGAUGGCUCAGUCACAUAAAAUCACUUCUAAGACAUUCCGAGACAUUCCUUUCCUUGGGGGAGAUAAUGAGCGGGUCGACACUCUCUAAAUGCUGUGAUGUUAUUUGCUUUACCAGGAUGAGUCGUCUAAACUGUAUUCAUGUAGCUUGUUGCAGUCCACGUAAGCAGGCAUUCGUUAGCAUCAUUAAGCUCCUCCCACUUCGCCCCUCCUUCCCCCGGUGUCGUGUAAUGUUGUCGUGCUUCGGUAUUUUGUGUAACAUCUGAGGCAAGCGUGAAGGGUGCAGCUAGUGUUGAAAGGAAGUGUGUGAGGCCUCAGGAGCCUUGUUAAAUUCAAUCCCCCCCUCCAUGACACCUUGCUGUUAGUACAUGUUCUGUACGUGUGUGUACCAUGUGACCUGUAGAUUAUGGAUCAUCUUGUAGAAAUGGUAAAAGGCAUUGAUCCAGCGGUGUCCCAAGGCUCCAUCAUCCCCCACCAGUACCUCCGCUUGUUUUGACCCCAUUUAGCCACCGUUUUACCCCCCACCCCCGCCUCCACCAUCUCAUUACUCA